UGCCCUCGGGAGCAGGCGCAGGGCUGACUGCAGGGCGUGCGGAAGGGACUGGCAGCAGAUCAAAGCCCCGGCCUUGUUGCUGCGACCUGCGUGCCCAAGCCUCUUCCUCUUCCCCCUGGCACAAAGGGUUCCGGAGCCGGCCAGGAUGGCGCAGUGGAACCAGCUGCAGCAGCUCGACACGCGGUACCUGGAGCAGCUCCACCAGCUUUACAGUGACAGCUUCCCCAUGGAGCUGCGGCAGUUCCUGGCCCCGUGGAUUGAGAGCCAGGACUGGGCGUACGCUGCUAACAAGGAGUCACACGCCACGCUGGUGUUCCACAACCUGCUGGGGGAGAUCGACCAGCAGUACAGCCGCUUCCUGCAGGAGUCCAACGUCCUGUACCAGCACAACCUGCGGCGCAUCAAGCAGUUCCUGCAGAGCAGAUACUUGGAGAAGCCGAUGGAAAUAGCCCGCAUCGUGGCUCGCUGCCUGUGGGAAGAGUCACGGCUCCUCCAGACAGCUGCCACCGCAGCCCAGCAAGGGGGACAGGCGACGCAUCCAACAGCAGCUGUAGUGACAGAAAAGCAGCAGAUGCUGGAGCAGCAUCUGCAGGAUGUAAGGAAGAGAGUGCAGGAUCUGGAGCAGAAGAUGAAAGUGGUGGAAAAUCUCCAGGAUGACUUUGAUUUUAACUACAAGACUUUGAAAAGCCAGGGAGACAUGCAGGACCUGAAUGGAAACAAUCAGUCGGUGACGCGUCAGAAGAUGCAGCAGCUGGAGCAGAUGCUCACAGCGCUGGACCAGAUGCGAAGGGGUAUUGUGAGCGAGCUGGCGGGACUGCUGUCAGCCAUGGAGUAUGUGCAGAAGAUGCUGGCAGAUGAGGAGCUGGCAGACUGGAAGAGACGGCAACAAAUUGCCUGCAUUGGUGGCCCACCAAAUAUCUGCUUAGACCGGCUCGAGAACUGGAUAACCUCUCUUGCUGAAUCACAGCUCCAGACCCGGCAGCAGAUCAAGAAACUGGAAGAACUGCAGCAGAAGGUGUCCUACAAGGGUGACCCAAUUGUCCAACACCGGCCAAUGCUGGAGGAGCGGAUCGUGGAGCUGUUCAGGAACCUGAUGAAAAGUGCUUUUGUGGUGGAGAGGCAGCCCUGCAUGCCCAUGCAUCCUGACCGGCCUCUGGUCAUCAAAACCGGUGUGCAGUUCACCACCAAAGUCAGAUUGUUGGUGAAGUUUCCGGAGCUGAACUAUCAGCUGAAAAUCAAAGUCUGCAUUGACAAGGACUCUGGUGAUGUUGCAGCACUUCGGGGGUCCCGGAAGUUUAACAUCCUGGGGACAAACACCAAGGUCAUGAACAUGGAGGAGUCAAAUAACGGCAGCCUCUCAGCAGAGUUCAAGCACCUGACCCUGCGGGAGCAGCGGUGCGGUAAUGGAGGCAGAGCCAACUGCGAUGCCUCACUGAUUGUGACUGAGGAGCUGCAUCUCAUCACCUUUGAGACUGAGGUGUACCACCAGGGGCUGAAGAUCGAUCUGGAGACCCACUCGCUGCCUGUGGUUGUCAUCUCAAACAUCUGCCAGAUGCCUAAUGCCUGGGCAUCCAUCCUGUGGUACAACAUGCUGACCAACAACCCCAAGAACGUGAACUUCUUCACCAAGCCACCCAUUGGGACGUGGGACCAGGUGGCAGAGGUGCUGAGCUGGCAGUUCUCCUCCACCACAAAGCGUGGUCUCAGCAUCGAGCAGCUGACAACCCUGGCAGAAAAACUUCUAGGGCCAGGUGUGAACUACUCUGGCUGUCAGAUCACCUGGGCCAAGUUCUGCAAGGAGAACAUGGCUGGCAAAGGCUUCUCCUUCUGGGUCUGGCUGGACAACAUAAUUGACUUGGUGAAGAAAUAUAUCCUGGCACUGUGGAAUGAAGGGUACAUCAUGGGGUUCAUCAGCAAGGAGCGGGAGCGAGCCAUCCUGAGCACCAAGCCUCCAGGAACCUUCCUGCUGCGCUUCAGCGAGAGCAGCAAGGAGGGUGGCAUCACCUUCACGUGGGUGGAGAAGGACAUCAGCGGAAAGACUCAGAUCCAGUCUGUGGAACCUUACACCAAACAGCAGCUGAACAGCAUGUCAUUUGCGGAAAUCAUCAUGGGCUACAAAAUCAUGGAUGCCACCAACAUUCUGGUGUCUCCCCUGGUGUAUCUGUACCCGGACAUCCCAAAAGAGGAGGCAUUUGGGAAGUACUGCCGCUCUGAGAGCCAGGAACACUCAGAAGCUACUGACUCAGGUGCUGCUCCGUAUCUGAAGACGAAGUUCAUCUGUGUCACCCCCACCUCCUUCAGCAAUACCAUUGACCUGCCCAUGUCCCCACGCACUCUGGACUCACUGAUGCAGUUUGGCAACAGUAGCGAGGGAGCAGAGGCCAACGCAGGAGGGCAGUUUGAGUCGCUGACCUUCGACAUGGAGCUGACCCAGGAGUGCGCUGCUUCGCCCAUGUGACGCGCUGUGCUGGCGCCUGCAGGACCUGCGUGGCUCCGAAUCGUUUCAGUCACAUUUGCUCGGGGCCUUUUCUCGGGAGGAGCUGGGGCUGUGAUCCUUGCCACUGAUUCCUUGUUUUACCCAACCAAACAGACGCCUCGCUGCAGCGGUCCUGUUUGCCCCUUUGGGAGAAAGGGGUUGAACCUUCUUCUAUUUCCUUCCAUAACGGUUUUUUAUUAUUGUUUUGCUCAUUCAAGUGCCUAUUAGCCUCCAAUUGCAGCCUCACUUUUUACAAAUGCUUCUGCGGCCCCUACCGUGCUGCCUGCUGUUGAAAGCUGCUUUCUUGACUGCCAGUGUCUGGAAGCCCACAGUCCCAUGAGUCUGGAUCUGAGAGGGCAUCAGCCAGACCCAGUCUCCUUCAGGUGACCUGCUGUGCUGUGCAGCAGCUGCCCAGCAGCUCUCAGAACCUGCAGAGGGAUCUCAUCUCUGUUCUCCCUUCGCCCCACUUGUGGCCCAGAGAGGCAGUGAGUGGCUCUGUGCUGCAGGGUGGAGGAGCCCAAGGCUGAUGUGGAGGGCUUUGCUGUGUUCUGCCAGGAGCAGGGAGUUUCAGUGCUUACUGCUGCCUUCCUGCUGUGGGCAGAGGCAGGGCCAGAUCCAGCAGCCCUGGGCAGCGCUGCUUUCCCUGUGCUGCAGGGCCCUGGGGAAGGGCAGGGAGGCAUCUUAGCAGCACUAUGUGCUUGUGAACACACAGUAUCUGCAUUUUUGGUCCUUAGGACCAGGAGGCUGCUCUUACCCCUGGCUGGCCCCUUGGCCAGAUUCAUGACAGGAGCACAACUGCUUUCCCUGUGCAGAGUGAGACCUUUCAGAUAGGGGGGCAGGGGCUGCUGCUGUGCAAUAUGCCCUGCAGUGGGUGACCAGGCUCACUGGCACAGCGUAUGAUGUCCCAGGCAGUGGGUUUGCAGCUUCUCAGGGGCUUUGUGUGGCACUUUGGAGGUUGGCUGUCACUGUUAAGUUAGGAGGUGGCAAGGGUUGAAGAAAGGAUGGGCAAAGGAGAGGAAUCUGCUGGGGGCAGCAGCCAUGGGUGUUGGUGUAGCAGGCAGUAAGGCUCCUUGCGCUGGAGGUCAGGGGAAGUUGGGAGCUGUGCUGGCUGAUGGUGGUUCUGUAUUUACUGAAGUGUAGGGAGCCCUCCUGUCCUUCCCAGGUGUGGGCUUUGGUUCUGUCCCUGCGCAAAGAUGGGAGGGAGCAGCAGUGUGAGGGUCGUGUGCUUCCCCAGAGCAGCAGGAUGCCCAGUGCAGGAAGGGGGGGGAGGAGGAGCAGCACAGCAGGGCUGUGGGACACGGCAGCGGUGGGUAACAGCCGAGGAACUUGUGGGCAGCAGCACAGGGCUGUGAUGGAGUUGGUGCUCUGGCUGCAGAUGCUCUGUUUGUUCCUGUGGCAAUGCUGCGGUGCAGGAGGGACCCUGUCCAGCAUCUUCAGUGCGUGGCUCCAGAUUUUCUACCCAGAAAUGACGCUGGGAUGCACGGACAGCCCUCCUGCGCCUGUGCACAGCGUUGCUCCGAGUCCAUCAGCUGUGCAGGAAGCUGCGGCAGGGCCAAGAACAGCAUCCGCCUGUGCCCCCUCACUGUGGGGAGGGGGCUGCGGCCCCUGGGCAGCGCCGGGCACGGUGUGAGGGCAGGGGGGGCCGCGGGGCUGCCUGUGGGCACGGGACACAGAGGCCCUUUGCAGUCGGUCGGUGCUCAGAGGAAAUAAGGCCUGUUGCUUGUCCCUGUGCUGGCGUGUCGCUGCCGUCAAUGGAGCCCCUGGGCCACAUUCAAUACUGUAAAGAUUUUUAAUUUUUUGUAUAUUUUAUUGCUGUAUCUACAGGCUUUGACUUUCUCCAAAAUAAAGGCUCUGAAGCA